CUCAGCCUCGUGGCUCGUACUCUGGCUCGGACCACAAAAGCCGCUACACAGACCCAAACCACGCUAUCCGCAGACGCAACCGAGAGAGAUGGAGUAAAAGUAGGAAAGGGAGGAGAGAGAAACGAGAGAGAGAGAAAAAGAUGGGUCAGAUCGUGAGGAGGAGGAAGAAGGGGAGGCCAUCGAAGGCGGAUCUCGCGCGGCGGGCCGCGGCGGAUGUGCCGCCGCCGGCGCGUGACCUCCGGCGGAGCCUGCGUCGGCGGAACCUCCGGUACAACAUCGACUACGAUGACUACGCGGACGAGGAGGACGAGAACGAGGAGGAGGAGGAGGAUGAUGAUGAGGAGGAGGACGACGAGGACGAGAGGAGGAGAGAGAAGAAGCUGAAGCUAGUGCUGAAGCUGCCUCCCCACGACGGCGGCAGUGUUGACGGCGGCGGCGGCGGCACGCGCAGCGAGGCGAGUGGAAGGCACGCGCCGCGCCUGGAAUGUGCCUUUUCUGCGUCUUCCUCGGAGAACAAGCCGCUGAAGAAGCGGAGAAUCGGCGGCUGUGGAGAUGGAGACGGCGAUGGCGACGAUGACGAAGAUAAGGAUGUUAACGAUGAAGAGGACGAUGAAGAUGAUGAGGAGAGAGUUCCAAAUGGUGAUGCAAAAGGGCCCGACUCUGUUCCAGGGACGCCUUCAGAUCCUUCAUCCGGGGUUCCAUUACCUGACAAGAAGUCGCUGGAAUUGAUUCUUGACAAACUUCAAAAGAAGGACACAUAUGGUGUUUAUGCAGAACCAGUUGAUCCCGAGGAGCUUCCGGAUUAUCAUGACAUAAUCGAGCAUCCAAUGGACUUUGCCACAGUGAGAAAGAAGCUGAGUAAUGGAUCAUACUCUACAUUGGAGCAGUUUGAGAGUGAUGUUUUCCUAAUUUGCUCAAAUGCAAUGCAAUACAAUGCACCAGAGACCAUAUACUACAAGCAGGCACGCUCCAUACAAGAGCUGGCAACAAAGAGAUUCCAGAGGUUACGGAUUGAAAUUGAGCGAUCGGAGAAGGAGCUCAAAUCUGAACAAAAAACAAGAUCCAGCUCAACAGCCAAGAAGCAAAUAAAGAAGCCUAUUUUCCGGACUGCUCAGGAACCUGUUGGCUCUGAUUUUUCCUCAGGUGCCACUCUGGCAACAGCAGGAGAGACUCAGAAUGGUUUGACCACAACACAGGUUGCUUGUGAGAAGCCUAACAAUGUUGAUGGACUUGUAGAGGGCAACUCUUCUCUGAUUGACACUAAUCUUGAGAAGGCAGAAGAACUACUGCUAGGGAGGAGUCUUCCAUCUAAAUUUGGGAGGAAGCAGUUUGUGCUUGAUGAGAACCGGGCAACUUAUAACUUGUCCAAUCAACCUGUGGUCAGACCAGAGUCAAUCUUUUCCACCUUUGAGGGUGAAAACAAGCAGCUAGUCGCUGUUGGGCUUCAUGCAGAGUAUUCCUAUGCCAGGAGCCUGGCUCGUUUUGCUGCAACUCUUGGGCCUGUUGCUUGGAAAGUUGCCUCGAAGAGAAUUGAGCAGGCGCUUCCUAGUGGAUUCAAAUUUGGCUGCGGGUGGGUUGGAGAAUAUGAGCCAUUGCCAACCCCAGUAUUAAUGCUAGAAAGCCGUGUUCAGAGAGAACCUGCUUUUGUUACAAGGUUGCACUCUGCUGUUGAAAGGAGAAAGGAUGAAAAAAAUUCCAAGGCCUCAGUUCCUGCUAAGGAGCAUGUCGUUAACUGCCCCACUUUAGAAGGCAAACUCUCUUUUGUUGGAUCUGCUGGAAGCAAACCCUCCGCUACUGUCGGUGCUAGUUGUAAGCAGCAAAAUUUGCCAUCAAGAAAUUUGUUGGAGUCUGAAAAUAAGGUUUCAAAGCAAGUUGAAUUAAACCGUCCACCCUCAGCCAAUCAAAAGACAGCAGAUCUAGUUGUAGAAAAGCAGCCGCUUUCCAGUGGUCCAGAUAUGGCACAAUCUAGAUCAAUGGAGGCAGUUUUGAAGAGCAAAAAUAAAUUACAAGCUGCACCUUUUAAGCAGCCAGAUACAAACGGAGUUUUUGCUGGCGGGCCUAAUGGACAAGUGAUGAAUAAUAGCUUUGACAGAAGCAGAACGAUCAGUUCACCCUCUGACAGCAUUCCUCACCAAAUGGCCAGGGCAGCAACUUACUUUCCACAUGGACAGGAGCAAGGUUUUAGUGACCCAGCUCAGGUGACAAAAGUAUUAGCUGAGAAGGCUCAACAGCUGCAAAAAUCUUUUAAUAAUUCUGCAGUUGAUGCUGCCCCCGUUAUGCCGUCAACCCCGUCCUUAAGAAGAGAUGAUUCCAUCAAUGCAGCAGCAGCUGCUGCGCGUGCCUGGAUGUCCAUAGGGGCUGUAGGGUAUAGGCCUGCCACAGAAAAUUCUAGUGUGCAAAGAAAUCAGAUUUCUGCAGAUUCAUUAUACAAUCCAGCUCGGGAAGUUCACCCUCAAACUCUGCGGCCCCAGGCAGAAUUUCCUGUUUCUUGGGGGAUGCCUUUUCAGUAUGAGAAGAACAAUUUUCCGCCCCAGGCUUUUUUGCCACAGCCUAUUCGAAUGAGCAACGAAAUGCAGUUUCAAAAAACACCAAUUGUUUUCCCUCCAUUUGCAACAGCCGACUUGUCUAGGUUUCAGGUGCACUCCCCUUGGCGAGGUCUUAGUGGUCCGCAUACCCAGUCAAGGCAGAAACAGGAGACACUUGCUCCGGACUUGAAUAUUGGAUUCCAGCCAUCUGGGUCUCCGGUGAGACAGUCCUCAGGUGUUCUGGUUGAUUCCCAGCAGCCAGACCUGGCUUUGCAACUCUGAACAUUUUUUCUGGGAAUUACGACAGAGAGAACAUAACAUAUUUAGCUCAUAUUGCUGGCUUCUAGCUCAGGGAUUUUGGACUUGCCUCUGAUUGCAGAAUCCCCUUCCGAAUACAUGAUAAUAGUCUCAAUUGCCUCAUUCUUUGGUCACAAGGAAACUAUGUGGAAUCCUGGAUUCAGAACUUUCAGAUGAUUACUUGGUUUAAUUCCUCGGGGUGUUGGUCAAUUGGAAGAAAAUAUCUCUAAUCCCCUUGUAGGAUUAACUUUGGAAGGAUGCUUGAGAAUCCAAGGAUCCAGCGCAAGAAAACCCUAAGCAGAGCAACUAGUUUCUGUCAUUUUUGAAUGAGAGUUAGACUUGUGACGGCACAUUCGCAUUAUCUCAAGAAGUUGAAACCCUUUUAAGAGCUUAGCAGAUGGACGAGCGAUUUAUAUUAUGACUAAUGUAAUGUUACAAGUUGUGAGUCUGGUGAUUUACACAGAGCAGCCCAGAUGUUGCCUUGUACAUUAAACACUGGUGCUAGAUUUGAGCUGUCAUUGGUGCAUUUGUAAUUGCUUUCCAUGGUUUCUCUUCUCCUGCAUCUGUGACAAGUAUGAUGUACAUGCAAUGGUAUAAUCAUUCAGAAGGGAAAUUUCUUUCUAUUAUGGAUCUUUUUAGUAGGUUGCAGGAAAACUCUGUGAACAGAAAAAAAAUCACUGUACUGGAUCUAAUUUGAACAAUAAAGAGAGAAUUCUUUCUUGUU